AUUAUGUCACUAAAGACCCAUAGCUUUUUAUGUUGGAUGUUCUUCCAGUCAUCUCAGCAAGAGGCUAUUAAACAGAAAGAAGAGUUAAUGAAGGAAGUAGGUUGCCUUAGAAGUGAAUUGCAUCAAGUAAGAGAUGAACGCGAUCAUACAUUAGCCCAGGUGCAAAAUUUAAGUGUUGAAAUUGCAAAUUAUGAAGAAAUGACUGGAAAGUCCUCAAAGGCUUUGGAUAGCUUAACAACAAAAUCUACUGCCCUUGAUGAAACGUGCUCUUCCCAAAGAGAGCAGAUACAGGUAUUGCAGCAUCAGCUUGCUGCAGCAAAUGAAAAGUUGAAGAUGGCUGAUUUGACUGCCAUCGAGACAAUCACAGAAUAUGAAGGACAGAAGAAGACUGUAAAAGAUUUGCAAGAUCGUCUUGCAGAUGCAGAGCCUCAAAUCUUGGAAGCAGAGAAAUUGCGCAAAAAGCUGCACAACACCAUACUGGAACUGAAAGGAAAUAUCCGAGUGUUUUGUAGAGUACGCCCUGUUUUACCUGGCAGUGAUUGUGGUGGCACAGAGGGGUCAGUUGUUUCUUAUCCUACAUCACUUGAAUCUCUUGGUACGCCCUGUUUUGUAGAGUACGCCCUGUUUCUUAUCCUACAUCCUACAGAGGGGUCAGUUGUUUUUUGGUAUUAGUCUGGACUUUCAUAU